AAUUAUGCGGGUCCAAGAUCUUUACAUGAAUACAUGUCAAAGGCAAAUGCGUAUGUUUGUUUUAUGCAAACAUUUGUUAAACAAAUCAUAUGGAGCGAUGUAUUUUUUAUGUAAUAAGUCGGCAAACGAGCAGACGGAUUACCUGAUGGUAAGCAAUCAACGCCGCCCAUGGACACCCGCAACGGAGGAGUUACGAGUGCGUUGCCGACCUUUUAGGGGAUAAGGGUUUCAGAUAUUUAAGGAUUGGGAAGGGAUGGGGUAGGGGGGUGAAUUGGGCCUCCUGUAACCUCACUCACACGGCGAAACACAACCCUGUGGU